UAUGACACUGCUCAGCAGCUUAAAGAGCAACAGGACGUGUAUGCCAAUACCCGUGCGCUGGCAGGUGAAUGGGAAGACCUUGGAGAAUUCCCGGACAACCUACAGUGGGAAGUGCUUGUUGAUGUGUUGCGCGGAUGUGUCAAGGUAUGUUUCAGUCUUUCCUAUUGUGCAAGAGGACAUGCUAAUAUGUCUCUCCUUGAAAUAAGAUUCACACACAUUGCUACGAGGCGGUUGUCUAUGUGUUCUGUUAUCUUUUGUGGUCAGAGAAGAAUAUAUCAGAUUGAUUUGUAA